AUGGUUAGUAGUGUGGGCAAUGAAGAAGAAUGUGCUCUAGAUCCCCUAGAGCACCGCAGUGACAGCAUCUGGGAGAGCCAACUUGUCUCAAGCAGUUGUCCAAACGGGUACAUCACUUUCGAAGUGAUCACCGGCUAUGUCUACACUGCGCCGUCGGACACCAUCGAAUUGAAGCCCGGUACCCUGCAGCUGACGGAGUGCCUGAACCACUGCAAGAGGAAUAAGACCUGUCAGUCCGUCAACUUUGAGACCGGUCUCUGCGUCCUUUUCACGUCCAGUGCUACCGAGCGGCCGACGGGACUUUCCAUAUCUCAAUUCCCUGUGUUUACAAUAUACGCGCAGAAGAUCUGUUUAGGGAAGAAGCCUUGUCAACGAGACUGGAAGUUCGAGAGAGUAACGGGCUAUGAACUGAGGGACCUGGCACGGAAGACGCUCCACGCUUCGUCCAGAGAGCAAUGCAUGGACCUGUGUCUCGACGAGGAAGAGUUCGAAUGCCGGUCCGCGAACUACGAACCCUCGUCCGGAGAUUGUGCCUUGAGUGACAUGGACAGACACUCCGUUAUCGGAGAUCGAUACUUCAUUCCGUCUACAGAAACGAACGAGUACCUCGAAAACAACUGCGUUGACGAUCCCGUACGGCUCUGUGAAUUCCGCACCGUCAACGGCAAGAUUCUGAAGACGGUUGACGCGGUAUUUCAGAACGUGACCACCGUGGAGGAAUGUCGUCAGCUGUGCCUGUCGGUGCCUUACCGCUGUCACUCGUUUGACAUGGGUGACCCCGCAAACAGCGUUUGUCGUCUCAGUCAUCUUGCGCGGGCGUCGCUCACCCACAUUGAGAGCCCCUACCUCGAGAUUCCAGGAGCUACAACAAACGAACUGGCAGCCUGCUACAACGUGACGAUCCACUGCAAAGCCCGCGAAAUGGUGGCCAAGGUCAAGACGAGCAAAGUCUUCAACGGGAAGGUGUACUCCAAAUCCCGUCCUAAUUCCUGCGUGACGGAUGUCAUCAACAGCCUUGACUUCCAGAUCAGGAUGGCCUACCAUGAACUCGAGUGCGACGUCAAACAGGAGAGUCUGGGCCAGUUCUCGACCGACAUCGUCAUCCAGCAUCACGACAUGAUCGUCACUAACCAAGACCUGGGUCUCGCUGUUCACUGCCAAUAUGACCUGACCAAUAGGAGUGUUUCCAAUGGUGUUCAACUCGAAGUUGACGGGCGGGAAGUGGAAGCUUCUCAGAGUCAGCUGGCUACAGUGAGCUCCCCCAACGUCACCAUGAGGAUCACCGAUCGACUCGGAGACGACGUCUUCACUGCUCAAGUGGGCGAUCCACUUGCUCUGCGCUUCGAAAUCAUUGACCACAACAGCCCGUACGAGAUGUUCAUCCGCGAGCUGGUGGCGAUGGAUGGUGUGGAUAGCAGCGAGAUCCUACUUAUCGACGAGGCAGGGUGCCCGACCGACCGUACUAUCAUGGGCCCGCUCCAUAAGGUCAACGACGACGGCAAAGUGCUGCAUGCCCCGUUCGACGCCUUCAAGUUCCCCACCUCCGAGAUAGUGCAGUUCAAGGCCCUGGUGACGCCGUGCCUUCCCAACUGCGAACCGGCUCGCUGUCCAGACAAGACCCAAGGCGCGUACGGUCGCGACGUUGACUCAUACGGCAGACGGAAGCGACGAUGGACAAGGGACGGACAAGAGUCUCGGAAACGCGGUGGAAGGACGAGCGACCGGGGCGACCAAGGGUCUACGGAAGACGAAGAAGAAGAUGAGGAGUUAGUCGUCGUGCAAACCAUUAAAAUCACGGACAAGUUUGGGUUCUCCAGCGCGCGACGGGCGGAAGACAGCAACGAUGUCGAUGGGUCGACAAAACACGAUACAAUGAUGAUGGAUACGGACAGUGCGGGCUGCAUGAACAUCAUCGGCCUCAUCGUGGCGUGUUCGCUGUUCCUCAUGGCCCAGGUGGUGCUCCUUCUAGUAUGGGGCUGCGUGUGGCAGAGGCGCCGCAGGAACAAGCUCCAGGAAAGCAGCAUGCCGAGUGUCGAUAUUCUCUACUCACCAACGAGACAACCCACCAGAGCGCAAUACGAGCGACAUGUCUUUGAGAACCCCGAUGACAUCACUCCCUAUGAUGUUGUGUACAACACGCAGCACCAUGGAAACCGCCUCAGAUGAAAGUUUCUCGUACGAAGUAAAGCGAUGGAGGUACGUUGCAUGUGAAAGCACGCAAACGAGAAUCUCUGUCACACCCGUUCCAGAAGUCGAACGCGUAAUGCUGCACGAACCAUGCGACCGAACUGGAUCAGAUCUUUCAGAACAAUGUCUUCUGCGAAGAUUUUAGAACACAAUCAUUAUAUUGUAGAAGGAUAGAUGAAGAAGAAUGCAUGCUCUCACAGGCACGCCGUAAAUAAUUUCAAAGAAGGUGCCCCUGCAAAUGAACCCACCGCAUGCUUAUAUAAGCACCGCAUGCUGUCGUCUUAUCAUGCAGACACAAGUGCAUGGGCAUGUCAAACCCACGACUAACAAUUUUCUUUGUGUGUGAAGACAAAGCAGCUGUGCUGUUCAGUUCAGUUCAGCUGAGUGUUUCUUCGUGGUGAAAGGUGGUGAAGAAAGCCUAGUGGUGGAACGUUCGACUACAGAACCAUUCUGCAUGCCGAUAGGCGGCUGCAAGUCGCCCGCCGAAAUGCUCAAGUUCGUCCAGAAAGCGUCGUCUGCUAACUCCAGAAGCCAGGGUUGUGCUUCUAGACUCCGGCGACAGGUGUGGCCACCACUGAAGUGAUGUGAAACAUGCACAUGUUGGACCUCGUUGUUCGAGGACUAGUGAUAUUUCGGCGACAUGUGGCGUUACAGCUAGAGACUGUGUUUCAUGGACUCCGGAAUGUGUUAAAAAGAUCUUGUCUUUUCUUUUCUUUUUAGUCGACUUCUCGAAAGCCACUUGCUUAAUAUUCGAACUGAUAUUACUGAUAUUAUACUAGUGGCUUUUGACAGUGUACUAUAAUAUGUGUCUGUGUGUAUGUGCAAAUGGAGGUGACUAUAUAAUAGGGUGCAACCCCAAUUUGAGUAUUUCGUUUAGAUGUAUAUGUGAAGACAAGCUAGUGUGUUACACACGUGGAGUCUUUCACUUUAAUUUAUUAUUUGCGUGGUUCAUAACUGUCUAGGUAUAUACGAGCGAAAGGAUAUUUUGAAACGUGAAUGUCAUGGCUUCAAGUCUGAAAUUAGUGCUCUCUGUCCUUCCAACAUUUUGUCUUUUGAAGCAGAUCAGUUUAUAGAAUAAAUGAUAUUUAUUGAAAUAUA